AUGAAGACGCUAAUGAAGGGCAACCUUCCACUCACUUUAAAGCGCAAACUCCUCGACAUGUGUAUCCUGCCUAUCCUCACCUACGGCGCCCAAACAUGGUCUCAAACUGAAAAAGAAAAGUCCAGACUCGAGGUUUGCCAGAGAGCAAUGGAACGCAGCAUACUGGGUGUUCGUAGAACCGACCGUAUUAGAAACACCGAACUGCGUUCCAAAACUGGCAUUGUGGAUGUGGGCAUGAAGGCCGCAAUGCUGAAAUGGGACUGGGCACUGGGCAGGGCACAUCUGCCGAAUGCACCUAGAACGCUGGGCCAAAAUUCCUACGAUUACUACAAGUGCUACAAGGCGGCUGUCUAA